CAGGAUAAAGAAAUUGAUCACUGUCUUUGUGCUAAUAAACACUAGUCCAGUAAGCUUCAUUUGAUUAUUAGCGUGGGGAAAACCUUAAAAAAGAAACAAAACAGAGGAAACAGAAAGUCCCCGAGAAGACAGCAAAAACUUUUGUCUGUUAUUCCUGUUUUGCGGUUAGUUAUACUUUCUGUCGCUCCAUUGCACCCUGCACCUCCCCAUAAAUUAAAACCCACCACCCCCUCGAAUCAGAGCUGGGUUUUAUUCUCCCUCUCCCUUUCAGCCAUUCUUCUCCUCCUUCCCUUCCUUACCCAUCUCCAAUUCCUUCUCCCUUCAAAAUUACACCCUUUUCUUCUCCUCCCUCCAAGAUCUGACCUUUCUUUCAUCCUGCUUCAUCUUUGGCGUUUCUGUUUAACGCAUUUCUCUUUCUGUGAUUGGUUCCUUCCUUUCAUCCACCGCCCUUGCAUUGCAGGUACGUUGAUGUUUUUUUUCUUCUCCUUUUUGGAAUUAUGUUGUGUUUUUGUUUGUUCUCUGUUAUUUGCUUUUACCCUUAUGCUGUCCCAUUUUCCCUUGUCGAUUCCAUGACCUCUAUUUCGUUAUUGUUCGCUUUCAAUGUUAUUCUGCAUCCUGGGUCUUGCUGGAAAUUGCCAAAUUUGGACUGGGUUUCUGUUUUUUUUCUUUCGAAAGAUCUCAUGAAUUUUUAUGCACACUCGGUCCUCUGCCAUUUUAUGUUUCGUGAUUGAGUGUUCGGUCGAAAGUUUCCAUCUUUUUGUUGUUUCCGUAUGAAAUUGGUGAUAUCUCCUUUGCAUUGACGUUGAGCUUCUCAUUGCGCAUUCUGGGUUCUGUUUUAUUAUAGGGGAAUGCCUGUUUGCUCAUCGUAGAUCAGACUUGGCGCGCAGAGAAAAUUUUCCCGCGAGAUUCUUCCAUUUAGGUUUUCUAUAGAACAGGAUUUCUGGCUUCCUAACGUUUUCGCCUUUGCAAUUGGAUUGUUAGUUUCAACAUUGUUCUAGUGGUAUGAAUCGUGUCAUGUUUCAUUUGAAAACCUUGUUCAUUUCCUGCAAAUCUCACCUGGGUUUUCACCAAUUUCAUGUGUAGCUUGGGGAAUGAUGAAGAGCUAAAGAAAAAAUGGGGAAGAAAUCAAGUUGGUUAUGUUCUUUUGCUCUCAGUUCUUCCAGGAGAUUAAAAUCAAAGAAGGGACUUGGUACAGCAAAGAGUUUGGACUCGAUCGUUACAACCUACGACGAUCUACCUAGAUUUGAUGUUCCCACCACUCCUCCGUCUCGUUCCGCCCCUCCACCUCCUCCACCACCGCCUCCACCACCACCACCACCACCGCGUCCAGCCCCAGCUGAUGUGAAAUUAACUGAAGCUGAGAAUGAACAUAGCAAGCAUGCCUACUCCGUGGCGCUUGCCACUGCAGCAGCCGCUGAGGCAGCUGUUGCGGCUGCCCAGGCUGCAGCUGAGGUGGUUCGACUCACAAGUGCUGCUCAUAGUUCCGGUAAACCAAAGGAGGAGAUAGCAGCAAUCAAGAUACAGACUGCAUUUAGAGGUUACUUGGCUAGGAGGGCGCUGCGGGCUUUGAGAGGCUUGGUGAGACUGAGGACAAUGAUACAAGGUCAAUCUGUGAAAAGACAAGCAGCUUCAACUUUAAGAGCCAUGCAGACUCUUGCGCGAGUGCAGUCUCAGAUACGCGUAAGGAGGAUCAGGAUGGCAGAGGAGAACCAGUCUCUCCAGCGACAGAUCCAUCACAAACGCGAGAAGGAUCUUGAGCGAUUGAGAUCUUCUAUUGGAGUGGAGUGGGAUGAUAGUUUGCAAUCGAAAGAACAAAUUGAAGCCAACUUACUCCACAAGCAAGAAGCUGCAGUUAGAAGAGAAAGAGCCCUGGCUUAUGCCUACACUCAUCAGCAAACAUGGAAGAGCUCGUCCAAGAGCGGAACUGCAACAUUCCUGGACCCUAACAAUCCGCACUGGGGUUGGAGUUGGUUAGAGAGAUGGAUGGCAGCUCGGCCAUGGGAAAACAGUAGUGCAGUGGACGACAAUGACCGACUGGCAUCUCUCAAGAGCUCAGUAAGCCGCACCAUGUCUCUUGGCGACAUCAGCAGAGGUUCUUCUCGUCGCAAUCUCAACAAGCCUUCCCUAAGUGGUCAAAGAUCGGGCAGUAAGCCUCCAAGUCGUUAUUCACCUUCUAGUUCGAAGGCUACAUCCAUAUCAUCAGUGACAGGGAAAAUGAAAGGACCGAACCCCAAGGGCAGCAGCAGCAGCACUUGGGGUGGGGAUGAUGACACAAUGAGCAUGUACAGUGUUCGGUCUGAGAUUCGAUACACGAGGAGGCACAGCAUACCAGGGCGGUCCUUUAGAGACGACGAGAGCCUUGCAAGCUCGCCUUCAGUUGCUCCGAGCUACAUGGGGGCAACACAGUCUGCAAAAGCCAAGUCACGGUUUUCAAGCCCAAUGGGGGCAACAGCAGCUAAGAACAAUCGGGCACCGGAGAAGGGAUCUGUUGCAUCAGCAAAGAAGAGGCUCACUUACUCUCCUUCCUCUGCUGGACUCAGGAGACAUUCGGGUCCUCCUAAGCUCGAGGAAUCCCCGUCGAGGAAGUUUGAGGCUGAUCACUUGGAGGAGGAUCAUAUCAACAACGGCGGAAUGUCAAUGUAGCAGUUCAGAAAUCUCAUUUAGGUAUGAGUGAGGAGGAUUGAGAAAGGCCAGAGAAAUAAGAAAAGAAGAAGGAACUGAGAAUGUUGGUUAAGAAUAGUAUUUCAGUCUUUUUGGUUUAUGAUGUUCUCAUUUCAUCAGUUCAGCAUAGAGGGAAGGAGCUGAGAAUAGGGAUGAGGGGUUGAGAGAUAGGGAGGUCUGGAAGGGAGGAAUACAAGGUUGUCUCCUUGCUGGGAGGAAAGUUGGCUGUUCUGCUUCUCCUUUUCCAUUACCAUUGAUCAACUUUCAUUUCCCAUUUCUUUGUUCAACAAGAUUGCAGUUGGGUUUAAUAUAAAGCUAGGGAAUGGUGGUGUUGAAGUUGAAGGAUUAGCUUUAGGAGGGUUUGGGAUCUAAGCAUUUGUUCAUUACAAUGGUAAAAUAUUUUCUGACAUCUUCUUUCUGUAUUUUGUUUGUUUUGUUUUUUAUGAGCAAUCAAAAAUUCUAUUAAGCUAAAAGUGAGGGAUGAACCAAACUCCCUCACAAAAGUUUUACAUGUUCAACCAAAGCCUGUACAAUUUUGAGGUACUUCUAAUUAUCAAAUAGGACUCUAACCAUACAUUUUCCACUAAUACACCAAUCUCUACUAAAUAGUAACUAACUGCAAAUACUCUCUCAAUCAACUUGCAUAGCGGUAGUCCCAGUCCGAGCUAGUUCAAAUAAGCUCUGGAUUCGCGCCAAAACUCCAGCAACAUCCACACUAACUCCACAAUGCAACCUGUUGCAUCAUUCUCUCCACAAUAUACUCCUUGUCGCAUU